AUGAGAGACUCCAACUACAGGUCCAUCAUCAACAACAGAGCUGCCGUCACUAUAACCACCAGUCUCUAUGAUCGCAGAGCAUUGGAUGUAACUGCUGACAAGCCGCUUGUCAACUCAUUGAAUCACUUGACAUAUUUGGUUUCUUCGAGCGCCAAAGUUCGUGAGACCUUGUCUAAUGACGGUGGAAUUGAGCGCUUGGUGGAGAUUCUCCACGAAUGUCAUGACUCCACUUUUAAUGUCCAGGAUAACAUCUUCAACUCAGAGAAAAAGUUGCUUACUGCCUGGAAAUGGACUUUGGCUUUCCAGUGCCUUGUUUUGAUCGGCACCAGAGGUACAGAAAAGAUACGACAGAAGGUUGUGCGUGCUGGCAUGCUCCCCAUUAUUGCAACUGUCUUGGAUAACUACAUGAACAUGCACGAAGUCAACGUUGGCUCGGGAAGCUCAAAUGCCCAGCCCGCCUGUGCUUACAUGCACCCACGUUUUGGUGACCACACUGAUGCUCCUACCACUGGCCCUACUUUCCUCACUAAUUACGAGCUGGAGCAGGAAGCCUUCAUGAACAUCCGUUAUAAUAACGGAGACCCCCGCCAGCCACAGCAGCAGGAUUCGAUCCCUGCAGAAGCCUUGAACGCCGCAGCCGUGGUCCCUCCGAUUACUGGUGCCAACACAGCACCUCCACCGAAUGGUCCAGUAAAUGGUUCAGUAGCCUCCAAUGUGACGGGAAGGACAACCCCCGUUCCAUCCAGCCAGCCUGAGCCUCAGAAUGAGAAUCUCAACUUAUACAACGCUUAUUUCAACGAUUCUUACAUCAACAGCUUAACCAGUGAAGAUUACGACAUGUUAUCUGUUGAUCAGCUCUUCAAGAUUAUUCGUGGUAAUCUCAACUUAGCUCCUACUGGUGAUCUGGCCAAUGCAGCUAUUCGCAGCUCAGUCAACAAUGAUAUUCGCCGCAGAUACCUCAUUGUCAGCAUCAUGAAGAAGUUGAAGGAGGAGAAGAAAGAUGGUUUUCCUGACAAUUGCUUGGAUGGCUGUGAGUAUGACAUGGACAAUAACUUACAGUUCUUGUCGGACUUGUAUUUGCAGGACGAGAAGUCCACUCACAUCUCUAAUAUUAUCCAUGCAAAGAUUGCCCCAAGAAACUUCACUGAGACAGGUGUGGUGAUUCCUAGGGAUGACGAUGUGGUCUGGUGCCUACAACUUCUUGCAUACAUCUCAAAGUACCCAUACCUUAAAGAGGUCUUGCAGAACACGCACUUGAUCACUGACAUGAGCAUCAGACACAAACAGCUGCGUUUAUUCUCUGAACGAGAAAUGAAAUCGAAGUUGAGAAAUCUGCUUGCCUUGGCUUCUAGGCAGACUCUCAUUCCAAGAUCGAGAAAAGGUAGACCGUUCUCUCCAGGAACCUUGCCGCACUCUUCGACAACCAUGGGUUCUGGUGAUAGCUACAUCCAGAGAUUUGACCCAUCGCCUUCAAGUUCGCCUCGGAUGCUGAGCGACUUGAACAUCCACAACGAGAAUUUCGACUUAACAGAAGAUAAACUCAACUUGUUUGACAAGCCUGAAGAUGAAGGAUUGACUGAAGAUGCUGAGGCCGACGACGAGUUCGACGAUGACGAGGAAAGUGAUCACAGAAAUAAGGAUGACGAAAAAGACGUUGAGGACUAUCUCUCCAAGUUUGACAAUGAGGAGCUCUCUACCGAUUUAAAUCGUUUAUACGAUUCAAUCAUUGAUGCAGAAUCCAUUGUUAACGACUUGGAUCGAGAACUCGCUCUCUUCCGCAUCACUGACAAAAUCAACAACCACAUCGAGGCCGAGUGCCAAAACUUGAGUAAUACCAUCAUUGAAGAACGCUUGAAACAAAAAGAGUACCUUUCUAAAAAGUGGAAUUACGAAACCUACAAACAUUUUGACAUUGACGAUGAUGAUAAUGAUGAUUCGACGGAAGAUCGUGAUUAUGACCAAUCCUUAAUUGAGUUCAAGAAAGUCAAUUUGUUUCCAAUGGUGGAACGCUUCACUUUCUUAGCCGGCACUGAUAUGUACUACUGGUCUGGUGUUAUAAUGAGAAAUUCAUGUCGCAGAAAUGACUACAAGGGUGGCGUGAGACAAUGUGGCAAUUUAGAGUGUGGCAAGUGGGAGAAAUAUCCCAGAGAGUUCAGUAAGUGCAAAAAGUGUAAGAGAACAAAGUACUGCUCCAGAGAAUGUCAGAUGAGAGCAUGGCACUGCCAUAAGAACUGGUGUGUUCCUAGCAACUCGUCUACUGGUAGCACGGCAACUACUGGCUCCACUAACUAUGAAGGUGCACAUGAAACUGCUCUUGUUGUCGCGUCGGUUACUGCCACAUUGGAUUCUGACGCCACUGCCGGUGAUACAUCUCAGCAGGUCUCUGCAGUAGACAAUGAGGCUGAGAUGUACGAACAAUAA